UUCAUGUGCUUUGGUGUGGCCAAGGCUUCAACUGAUCAUUCAAGCUGGAACGGGAAUGAGAACGUACUCAGCAUGGAUAAACCCUGGAAGUGCGGGCAUUGUGGGAAGGGAUUCUAUUACCCAUCUGCCCUUGAGAUCCAUGAGCGCAGACACACUGGGGAGAGGCCGUUCACCUGUUUUGUGUGUGAGAAAGGAUUCAGUGCUAUCUCCAAUCUGCUGACACACCAGAGCGUUCACGCUGUGGAGAGGCCGUUCAACUCCAGCAGUGGGAAGGAUACAUCCACCGCAGUAACACGCAAGCGCGUUCACACCCAGAAGAAGAUAUUCCCCUGCUCAGAGUGUGAGAAGGGGUUCACCAGCUCAGCAAACCUCUUGAGACACAAGCGAGUUCACACUGGGGAGAGGCCGUACACUUGCUGUGAGUGUGGGAAAGGAUUCGCUCAGUCGUCUGGCUUGGUUAUUCACCAACGGAUUCACACUGGGGAGAGGCCGUUCGCCUGCUCUCAGUGCGGGAAGGGAUUCACUGAUUCGCACACCCUGUUGCAACAUGAGCGAGUUCACACCGGGGAGAGGCCUUUUGUAUGCUCUCGGUGCGGGAAGGGAUUCACCCAGUUAUCCAACCUGCAAGCACACCAGCGGGUUCACACCGGGGAGAGGCCGUUCACCUGCUCUCAGUGCGGGAAGGGAUUCACACAUCUAUCCAGCCUCCAAGUGCACCAGCGGGUUCACACCGGGGAGAGGCCGUUCACCUGCUCUCAGUGCGGGAAAGGGUUUUCUCGAUUAUCCAGCCUGCAAAAGCACGAGCGAGUUCACACCGGGGAGAGGCCGUUCAUCUGCUCGCAGUGCGGGAAGGGGUUCACGCAGUUAUCCAACCUGCAGAGACACCAGCGCGUUCACACCCGGGAGAGCUCAUUCGCCUGCUCUCAGUGCGGGAAGGGCUUCACACAGUCAUCCCACCUGCAAGCACACCAGCGGGUUCACGCCGGGGAGAGGCCGUUCGCCUGCUCUCAGUGCGAGAAGGAAUUCACAUGUUCAUCCCGCCUGCGGAGACACCAGCGGGUCCACACCGGGGAGAGAUCUUUCAACUGCUCCGUGUGCGGGAAGGGCUUCACACAGUCAUCCCAUCUGCGAGCACACCAGCGGGUUCACACCGGGGAGAGGCCGUUCGCCUGCUCUCAGUGCGGGAAAGGAUUCACAUGUUCAUCCCACCUGCAGAGACACCAGCGGGUCCACACCGGGGAGAAGCUGUUCAGCUGCUCUCAGUGCGGGAAAGGAUUCUCUCAACUAUCCAACCUACAAGCACACCAGCGGGUCCACACCGGGGAGAGGCCGUUCACCUGCUCGCAGUGCGGGAAGGGAUUCUCUCACUUAUCCAACCUGCAGAGACACCAGCGGGUUCACACCGGGGAGAGGCCGUUCACCUGCUCGCAGUGCGGGAAGGGAUUCACGCAGUUAUCUAGCCUGCAGAAACACCAGCGCGAUCACCACUGACUGUGAACUGCUGUGAGUGCUGCUGCUCAUUCACGUUCAGGACUGAACCCUUGUCCGUUCUGCUAGUGGGUGAAGUGGGCGGCUCAGAGGGUUUCUCUCUGCUGGAAUGGGGCCAUCCUCCCUGUUUCCAGUGAGAGGGCGGAUUGCUUCACACUCCAUCCGAAUUGUUGAAUGAAAGGAAGGGUUGGCAGGUUCUUCAGUUUGCAUUUCAUUUUCUCCGAUAGCGUGCCACGUUGGCAUGGAGACGGUCACUUUUGGAGGUUGUUUUGUUUAAUUGACGUGGGGAUGCUUCUGACAAAGUAUUUGGAGGUUUGUAAAGAUUAGAUUCGAUUACUUACCGUGUGGAAACAAGCCCUUCGGCCCAACAAGUCCACACCGACCCGCUGAAGCGCAACCCACCCAUACCCCUACAUUUACCCCUUACCUAACACUACAGGCAAUUUAGCAUGACCCGCACAUCGUUGGGACUGUGGGAGGAAACCGGAGCACCCGGAGGAAACCCACGCAGACACGGGGAGAACGUGCAAACUCCACACAGACAGUUGCCUGAGGCGGGAAUUGAACCCGGGUCUCUGGCGCUGUGAGGCAGCAGUGCUAACCGCUGUGCCACCGUGCCGCCCACAAAUGGCAGCUCAUUUGGAAUUGCUGAGGGGAAAUGAAGCUGGAAGGUUGGCUGAGCUCGGAGCUGGAGGGAGAAAUCUCCAAUAAGGCUGUCAGUAAAAAGGCACACUGAGUCUUGCGUUGGCAGGUAACUGUCAUACACUGGAGAUAUGAAUGCGGAGCAGGAAGGGCAUUCAGCCCUCGAAACCGCCUAACCAAGUGAUCAGAUGGUGUUUGUCAUCUCCACACCAUGUUCCUGCCUGAACCCUUGAAGCUUUGCCCCCAAGGUGGGCAGAACGAUGGUGCCAACAAUGGAACUGAGGCAGUAGGACUGGUAUGUUCUCACUGUCAAAGGGUGGAACUUUUCAAGCACAUUGCUGGCGAUCAAGGAGUAAAUCACUGUCUGGAAAAGCGGGCUGGUUAUUCUUCAAAGAUUGUUGCACUUUGAAGCUUCUAAGGAAGCAAUCCUUUCGACUGUAUUUACCAGGAGUGAGCAAUUCUGAAGCAUUGAUAUUUUCAGGGAAGUCACUCUGGCUGUCCAAGAAAGCCACAAAAAAGUUUUCAUUUUAUGCUGCUGGCUCAACUGAAAACAUUAUUAUGAAAAGCUUUGGACCAUUACCAAAAUGUUCAUUGUUUAAUUACAGGUUAGAUUAGAUUACUUACAGUGUGGAAACAGGCCCUUCGGCCCAACAAGUCCACACCGACCUGCCGAAGCGCAACCCACCCAUUCCCCUACAUUUACCCCUUACCUAACACUACGGGCAACUUAGCGUGGCCAAUUCACCUGACCCACACAUCUUUGUGACUGUGGGAGGAAACCGGAGCACCCGGAGGAAACCCACGCAGACACGGGGAGAACGUGCAAACUCCGCACAGUCAGUCGCCUGAGUCGGGAGUUGAACCCGGGUCUCAGGCGCUGUGAGGCAGCAGUGCUAACCACCGUGCCGCCCACAGUGGGGAAAUGUACGUGCAGGGUAUUUGUCAGAGCGCCGCGGAAUAUUGUGGACGUUUCUGGGCCCCUGACCAAAGUAAAGGGACACUGGCAUCAGAUAGCACGUUCGUUCAUCUGAUGAGUGAAUGUAGAGAGGAGAAGUUGAACAGGUCGGGCCUGCAGUUGUUAGAACAUAGAAGAACGAUACGUGACCUUCCCAAAAUAGACAAGAUCAUUUGGGGAUCUGACAAGGUAGAUGCAGAAAGCUUCUUCCCCCUUGUGGGAGAAUCUCGGAACAAAAUGCGUAAUCUCAGAAUAUGAGACAGAGAUGAGGAACUUCUUGUCAAAGGUAGUGUGUUUGGAAUGUUUAUCACUGAGGACUAUUGAGGUUGGCUUAUUAAGGAUGAGGAAGACAGGCAACAGACUUCGGAAAAAGGCAGGGCAGUGGAGUUGAGGGUUUUCCGGUCAAUGGUGACCUAAUGGAAUAGUCUGCUUCUGCUCCUUUGCUUUAUUGUCUGUAAUUCAGAGUGAAUUUAAGUUGUAUUCUGGGGGCAAAGACUUUGAAUAUUGGUUUUACUUCCACAUUACUCAUUCGUCACAUGCAUUUAAUCCAGGGAAAUGAUUUUACAGGCCAUAUUCUGUUACCCAGACUUGGAUGGAGAGACAUAAUUUGGAAGUUCUUCCUGGCUGUAAAAACUCCUCGGCAUUUGUAAUCCAGUUACUGUUUUGAAUACUGGAAACUAAAAUAUUUACCCCAGUAAUGGAAGCUGCAAAGCUACCUGCAGAAUUUCAAACUAAAAAUUUUCAACAGAAGAGACAAAGGCAUGUGUUCAUGACAUCAAACAUUAAAUGUGUUUGCCAUGCUGAAACAAUGCAGAAUACAACCAGGAAAUAACUAGUUCAUAAAUGAGCAUUUUAAACUUUAGCAUGAUGUUUAAGGAUCAAAACAUUAGAAGGAAAAUAAAGUCAAAACUGAGGAAGCUGUUGACAUUAAAAUCUGAUUGAAGAUUUGUAGCUCGGGUAUCCGUUGUUGUGGUUCUGCUCGCCGAGCUGGAAGUUUUUGCUGCAAACGUUUCGUUCCCUGGCCAGGGAACAUCAUCAGUGCUGUUGGAGCCU